CGGGUGGCCUGGUUCUGGCGCUGGACACUGAGGCAGAGCGACCGCGUGACCCGGAGGAAGUUGGCCCGCGAUGCCCAGGCGACUAUGUGGCGCAACGCCCGGACACCGCGGCGCCAUACGUGAGCGCAAUGAGGUGCCGCGUUCCUGCCAUCAACCAGCUACAGCAAGCUAACUCACAAUGAGCAGCGACGUCUCGCUCAGUAGCGGCGGGGAGUCAUGGCCUCCAACCAAGAGCACGCAGCGGCAGCUGACCAUUUCGUGGAUUCAAGUUAUCACCGGAAUUGUGCAGCUUUACUGUGUAAUGUGUCACUGUGUGCUUCUCAUGCUCAUCGCCGUAUGGAUGGUCAUCAAAGAAGUUUCCAGGCGGGUGUCCGUCCUUUGGGUGUCGUGGUACAGCGACUUCAAGGAGAAGAGGCCCGCGGCACUGCCGCUUUUGCUCGGAGCUAUUCACAUGACGAUGGUGUCCAAGAUCGCACCACAAACAAAACCAUCCGCAGAACCCGAGGGAACAGAAGAUGCAGAUGAUACAGAAGUAACAGAAGACGUCAGCGAUGAAAAUGACCGCUCUAGCGAAAACCAGAGCGAAGUUCUCGACGUAGUGGAAGACAAGGCGGAAGAGUGCCACUCUUCAGCACCAACAGUUAGUGCGAGUACAUCAGGAGUAUGCAGCAGCAGUUCACCCGAAGUGUCGCGCGUCGCGGACGUUACAGAGUCCGAAAGUAGCGCCUCCCUGGACCCUCCGCUGCAUAACCAGCCGAACCAACAACUCUCCAAGCGUGCGCCGUGUAGCAUCAGCGCGGUUGUUGAGGACAAAUACGCCUGUGGACUAAACAGAUCAACAUCGUCUUCGGCGGUGUCUAUAGAGGACCUUGACGACUCGAGCGACGACGAUGGCGUGGACGGUUUCGACGAACGCAGCAAAUCUAGUAACAAACGCCAGGAUUCCGCGAAUGUUUCUUGUACUGGCUCCUGGAAGCUUAAGUCUGCUUUCCAAAGGGCAAGCGGCAAGUCAAACGAGAUCCAAAGCUGCUUCGCGAAGCCAAAGGCGCAGGUCACCCAAGCACCUUGCCCAGAGAAGAGCAAGUUUUCUCUGGGUCCCGUCAUCAGCAAUCUGCGGCGUGUAUGCUGUCGCACUUUGAGCGCCAUCAAUAAGGAGUUUACCGAGUGCAUGUCUCCCCAAAGCCAGAAGUCGCGCGGCAAAAAGACCGAGACGCCCGCGCGCAACACAUCACAAGUGGCGUCGAACCGCGAGGUGCAUCACCAGCCACACCAGGACGCUAAAGGUGACGCCUCAAAGGAUCUGUCGGUACCAGAGCAGAGGACUUCUCUGCAGUCUUCGUGGAACGAUGUUUGCUCCAGCGGUACACCGACAUCGUCCGAUUCUCUGGGUGAGAUGCACCGAGGACUGUUGGACUCGUUCUCUGAAGCUGAAUCUUCAGACUUUCCCAAUCGUCAAUCUGCGGAUCACCAUUUCGGCGAAACGGCACCCGAGAAAAAACCGACACUGUUUAGUGGCGACGCCGAUAGCGCUGAUGGGAAUUUCGAAAAAGGUAAUUCUGACUGGACGACGCAACACCCGCAGUCGAACUCCUUUUUUAACUGCCAAGGCACGGAAGCGAAUGCGUUCGGAACUGUUUUUCAGACCGAUGGCAAUUCAGCUGGCUGGGAGUUCUAGGCGGGGAUGGUAAUGCCGAGCGCCGUACAUUGACGUAUUGGCUCGCUCUGUGGUCGGGUACGAAUCGAAGUGCUCUUGUGUUCCAAAGCGUGGUCAUGCCUGUCAUAUUGUGUGCAAGUGAUCUUUGCCUUCAUCACUCAUGGGACGGUGCAAGCAGGGCCUUACAUGCCCAUCAACGCAAUAAAGC